CAGCUUUUCCAGUGGUGGAGCUCGAGGCCAAUUGUUUCCCGCAAAAUCUGACGGUUGGCAUGGGUUGGCGUUCUGCCCUUGGGUUCUGCAAAUGCCUUUGUGUGCGUUCGUAAAAGCAAAUGCGAUUUGCGCGGAUGUGAAGACGACGAAUACUGCCGGUGAACUGACCGCGCAUCGCGUGCUGCCGAACAGGUGCUUCGACAAUUUCUGAGGCACUGUGCUUGCAGUACUGUUUCAUCAGCCUCCGUCAACCAGUGGCAGUGGGAGGGGGAGUGACACAGCUUCCCCUGCUGCUGCUGGGUGUGUGAGACAAAGCCAUGGACUACGAUUUCAAGGUCAAGACGGCUAGUGUGCGUGCUAAGGUGGAGGACAUUUUUGAGUUUGAGGGCUGCAAGGUUGGCCGGGGAACAUAUGGACACGUCUACAAGGCUCGUCGGAAAGAUGGAAGUGACAAUAGGGACUAUGCGCUGAAGCAAAUCGAAGGCACAGGCAUUUCCAUGUCAGCCUGCAGAGAGAUUGCUCUGCUGCGGGAGCUGAAGCACACCAAUGUCAUCAGUCUGCAACGAGUGUUCCUCUCGCACAAUGACCGAAAAGUCUACCUCCUUUUUGACUUUGCUGAACAUGAUUUGUGGCACAUAAUCAAGUUCCACCGGACAGCCAAGGCCAACAAGAAGCAGGUUCUGGUGCCACGUGGCAUGGUCAAGUCUUUGCUCUACCAAAUUUUGGAUGGAAUCCACUACCUGCACUCGAACUGGGUCCUGCACAGGGAUUUGAAACCAGCCAACAUACUCGUAAUGGGUGAAGGUCCAGAGCGAGGCAGAGUGAAGAUUGCGGACAUGGGCUUUGCGCGGCUGUUCAACUCGCCACUGAAGCCACUGGCUGACCUGGACCCUGUGGUGGUGACAUUCUGGUACCGUGCACCAGAGCUCCUGCUUGGGGCCCGGCACUACACUAAGGCCAUUGACAUCUGGGCCAUUGGGUGCAUCUUCGCUGAGCUGUUGACUUCGGAGCCCAUCUUCCACUGCCGGCAGGAGGACAUCAAGACCAGCAAUCCUUACCACCAUGACCAGCUUGACCGCAUCUUCAAUGUCAUGGGAUUUCCCCAUGAAAAGGACUGGGAGGAUAUCAAAAAGAUGCCUGAGCACCACACCCUGAUGAAGGACUUCAAACGGUCAAGUUAUGCCAGCUGCUCCCUGGUGAAGUACAUGGAGAAGCACAAGGUCAAGCCUGACAGCAAGGCUUUCCUUUUGCUGCAGAAGCUGCUGCUGAUGGACCCAACCAAGCGGAUCACCUCGGAGCAGGCCAUGCAAGACCCCUACUUCCUGGAGGACCCCGUGCCAACUCAGGAUGUGUUCGCAGGUGUGCCCAUACCAUAUCCGAAGCGGGACUUCCUUACGGACGAGGAGCAGGAGGACAAGUCUGACGCCAGCAAGACGGCGGCUGCCAACAACCAAGGAGGCACACAAGACAACAACAACCAUGGUCCUAGUGCUAAGCGAGUACGGAUGGCACCGCCUACUACGACAGCAGCCAAUCAGAUGCAAGGUUACAAUAAAAAUUAUCAUGGUUUCAAGAAGCCCGAGGUAAGAGUCCGCCUCCCAGCCAGUACUCACAGUAGCCUAAGCUCCGGUGUGCCACCAACCCAGCCACCAGUGUUGGCAUUCACCUCAACGAGCGGUACCACCCAGCCAUCUGGCGCGCCCACCUUUUCUCAGCGGUUCUGACAACACCAAAGCACUGUGCUGCCUGGGGUGGUGCGAUGAUGGACCUCUUGAGAGAGACUCUGUUAGGUUUAUUCUAAUUGUUUCUUUGAGCUGAUGGGUCCCCCUUUUUUGUCUGUUGUCCGGAUGUGCUCUAGACAUUUUUGUCCAAUGUGAAUGAAGUGCAUGGAAAUUGACAGCCUCAUUGUGAUCACUUCUCUGCAACUCAUUGUUAUCGUCUACCACACUGCAACAUGUAGUAUGUGUCCGUCUGCAGCAGAGUGAUUGCUGCAUGUAUUAAUUCAUGGAAUGGAAUUUUGGUUUCUGAGCUUGUCAAAUGCCAGACUACCAAGCACUCUCUGGAGUUCCAACGAAGUCUUAAUAAGGAGGAUGUGCAGACUGCCGGAAGUUUAUCAUGCUUUCAUUGUGUAAACACCAGAAAUUGUGAUCACGGCAAUCCCUGCUGCAGUGAGAAGUGCCAGAGGAUGAAAGUAGAAUGUCACAACUCACAUAUGCUGUGUCCUAGUUGUUAGAAUUUCACUACAUGCAAAUGUUGGGAAAAUUUGCUUUGCGUGAGGCAUUUUUACAUGGUACUGCAUACAGUUGGAUUUCAUUAGUUGAAACCUGACAUGAAUUUGUUUGUUGGUCGAAUUAUUGAACAGACAGAAUAAAUAAUGAAAUGCC